AUGGGCUUUCUCAGCGCCUUUUUUGUUUUCAACUCUUCUGUUGAGGCGGUUACCUUGUUUUCCCGUACAUCCACUCCUCUAUUCAUCGUUGCCAAUUUUUAUACCAUCAUUUAUCCCAAGAUGGGAUCGACGCUUGGUGUUCUGUGUCAAGAGAAUUUUGGAAGCAAGAUGAGGCUGGCCUGGAUGAUGUUUGCAUCUGCUCGAACUGCUGCAACCGCCCCUCUUUCAUCCCCGUCCUUGAAGCGCAUCUUCGAGUUUGCACAGACUCAUCCUAACCUAGUCGGCCUCGGUAUUCGCACCUCGCCUUCAUCCCCAUCUACUAUGGCGAUGGCUUGCACUCUGGGCAGCUCCGGCUCCAGCCAGUCGGCUAUGCACCGAUCCUCCCUAGCGCGCAUGCAGUCACCUAAUAAUUCACCUCGUACCCCGCCGCGUGCACCGCGUCCGCCAUGCGCUGCUGUGUUUCCCUCCGUUUAUUCACCGUUGUUUCAUACCCCUUUGAGCGUUCAAUCUCUGCUUGACGAGGGAUACUUCUCCAACGAUGAGACAUCGACGGAGAUUAGGAAACAGUCCGGUGUUCGGGAUAGUGGUAGCGAGAUCAUGAACAUGCAUUCGACGGACCGUCGCCGUCGUCGUGCUGCUACCAUGAGCAGCCUUAGUUCGACUUUCCGCGCUUCCCUUUAUGAUGCAUACCCAUCUACUUCGGAAGUCGAGCGUAUAGGCCUCGGUAUAUCUGGGCUCAGUCUCAGUACAUGCAGGCGGAGCUCCGGAACAAUCACACUCGGGUCGUCUGACGACGACGACGACGACGACGACGACGAAGACAACACGCUGGUCCCAGACGCUAUGGAGGCUGGACAUUCGAGACUGAUGAUUAAAUCCCCUUCAACCAAGCGCAUGGGCUUUAAUGUUCGUGCAGAGGUUAUUCAGUCACCAACUGAUGAUGGCUAUGCCGCCGACGGCGAACACGAAGACCGUCUUCUGGUCCCAUCCCGUUAUAUAGCCUAUUAUCACGUUCGUGCCGUGUCCGUGAAAGAGAGUAAAAACAAAUGA